CUCUCUUUAAACCCUAUCAAAACACUCUUGAUUUUUCCUUCAAUUUAUUGUUAUUGAUGUAAAUUCCAUUGAAUGUAUUGUUACAAGAAAAAGUAAGGAAAAAAAAGAAGAAGUCUUUCUUGCAUUUUGUUAAUUCCAAAAUCUGAUUUAGAUAUGAAAUUUUAGUGUAGUUCCCUUUUUCAUUUUUUGUGCAUGGUCUAUAAAGUUUCAACAAUUAUUUCGUGUUUUCUUGAACUCGUAGAACAUUGGAUUGGAUUUCCAGUAACAAUGGAAGUGGAAUCGACUAACAACAACAAAAUCUGGAAUGUGGGUCUCUUACUAGUGGCCACUCUGUUGGCGGCAAAACUGAUUUCAGCAUUAAUAAUGCCCAGAUCCAAGAAACGACUACCGCCGGUAGUUAAUUCUUGGCCGGUUCUCGGUGGGCUGCUGCGAUUCUUGAAGGGGCCAGUGGUGAUGCUGAGGGAGGAAUACCCAAAGCUUGGUAGCGUGUUCACUCUGAAAUUACUGAACAAGAAUAUCACUUUCUUGAUUGGUCCAGAAGUAUCGGCGCAUUUCUUCAAGGCGCCGGAGUCCGAUCUCAGCCAGCAGGAGGUGUACCAAUUCAAUGUGCCCACCUUUGGACCUGGGGUAGUGUUUGAUGUGGAUUAUUCCAUUAGGCAGGAACAAUUCAGGUUUUUCACUGAGGCCCUGAGAGUUAAUAAACUCAAAGGUUAUGUGGACCAGAUGGUCAUGGAAGCUGAGGAGUACUUCUCCAAAUGGGGAAACUGUGGUGAAGUGGACUUAAAGUACGAAUUGGAGCAUCUAAUCAUACUGACAGCCAGCAGAUGUCUGUUAGGUGAAGAGGUUCGCAAUAAGCUCUUUGACGAUGUUUCUGCUCUUUUCCAUGACCUUGACAACGGAAUGCUUCCCAUCAGUGUGAUAUUUCCGUACCUGCCCAUCCCAGCACACCGUCGUCGUGAUCAAGCUCGCAAAAGACUUGCUCAAAUUUUUACCAACAUCAUAGCUUCUCGUAAACAAACUGGCAAGACAGAGAAUGAUAUGCUACAAUGUUUCAUAGAAUCCAAGUACAAAGAUGGACGCCAAACAACUGAGUCAGAAGUCACCGGCCUGCUCAUUGCUGCUCUUUUUGCUGGCCAGCACACAAGUUCCAUUACUUCCACCUGGACGGGGGCAUAUCUCCUCUGCAACCCAACAUACAUGUCAGCGGUGUUAGAGGAGCAGAAGAAUUUGACACAAAAGCAUGGAAACAAGGUCGACCAUGAUAUUUUGUCGGAGAUGGAAGUCCUUCAUCGAUGCAUAAAAGAAGCUCUGAGACUCCACCCUCCUUUGAUAAUGCUUCUGCGUAGCUCACAUUCAGAUUUCAGCGUGAAAACUCAGGAAGGCGUAGAAUACGACAUUCCCAAGGGACAUAUUGUGGCCGCAUCACCUGCUUUUGCAAAUCGACUCCCACACAUUUACAAAAAUCCAGAUAAAUAUGACCCUGAUAGGUUUGCUCCUAGUAGAGAUGAGGACAAGGUGGCUGGGGCUUUCUCCUAUAUAUCCUUUGGUGGUGGAAGACAUGGUUGCCUAGGAGAGCCAUUUGCAUAUCUGCAAAUAAAAGCAAUCUGGAGCCAUUUGGUAAGGAAUUUUGAGAUGGAGCUGAUUUCACCUUUUCCAGAGAUCGACUGGAAUGCCAUGGUUGUGGGUGUUAAAGGAAAAGUCAUGGUGCGGUACAAGCGCCGAGAGCUUCCCCUUAACUAAUUAAAUAACUCUGCUAAAAGAUCCCUAUAGCUGGUCAGCUGGUUUGCCCUUGUGUAGUUUAAAUUUUCUUCUCUUAGAUGUGCUGAAUUCUGUCAUUGCUCCUUUAUCAUCGGUCCUCUCUAAGGUUUUGGACUUCUUGCUACAUGAAGACUAUCUUAGCUAAUAAUUUAAUCUGUUUAUGUUUAGUAAUCAUGUUUGUGAACCAGGCUUUUAUGAAUGAUAAUCAGUUUACUUGAUUGCAAUUAUAACGAUGAUU